AUGACUCUGACAAUUGCAAUCAUUGGCGUUGGUGAGGUUGGUGCAGCAGCAGCCUACGCUCUGAUUCUCAAUAAUGUCUGUGCCAAACUACUCCUGGUCGAUAACAGAUCUUCACAUCUGGACGGCCAAGUAAAAGAUCUCAGCGACUCAGCCUUCAAGGAACAGAACGGGACUCGCAUCGAAGCCGCAACGUAUAGAGAAGCUUCACAAGCAGAUAUCGUUAUCUUUGCAGCAGCAGCAAAAAGAGGUAUAGGAGAAACGACCUUGCAAUACAGGGACCGAAGCGCUGCGACGCUGCACAACGUCAUCGAAGCAAUAAAUCCAUUCAAGCAGAAUGCAAUCCUACUCGUCGUAUCCCAUCCUGUAGAUACUUUGACAACAAUAGCACAACGGCUUUCGCACCUUCCGCCUACCCAGGUAAUUGGUACGGGUACUUUCCUUGAAUCUAUUCGGCUAAGGGGGCUGCUAGCCAACCAAUUUGGAGUGGCUGCAAGCUCAGUCGAUGCUAUGGUAUUAGGCAAACACGGUGAAUCUCAAUUUGUCCCGUGGCACCUAGUUAACGUUGGGGGUGUGUCGAUUAAUGAACUGUCACCUUCUGAUCCAAUAGACAGGGACAAGAUUACCCAGGAUUGCAGACGCAAAGGAGAGCAGAUUAUUGAGGAGAAGGGUGCUAUUGCCUAUGGUAUAGCGUCUGCCGUCUCUACUAUAUGCACUUCUAUUCUUUUGGAUCGGCGACAGGUAUACCCAGUUAGUUACAUGCAGGAAAACCUCGGUUGUGCUUUGAGUAUGCCUGCUGUACUUGGGAGGUCUGGAAUUGAGAGUACAUUAGCAGUAUCCUUGGGAUCUUUUGAUAAACAGAGAUUGCAGUAUUCAGCAAGUGAGAUAAAGAAGAGAGUUGAUAGUAACAUACAGUAG